AACAAUGAGAGGUGGCUGUACUCUGAUUCCGGCCAUUUGAAUGGGUUGAGCUGGAGGUUCGGAUCUGCAGCGUGUCUCCAUAUUUUGAUAAGAGUAAUUAUUCUAAAUCAUAAUAAUGCAGCGUGAGUAAAGUAGUCAGUGCCAUAUGAAGUUCUGUGUGUCAUCGGGGUGUGUUUGCAACAAAACCGUCCAAGUUCAACUUUUGUAAAGCGGACCUGUCUGGACUUUUUGGACUCUGCAUGGACUAACAUGAAAAGCCUAAAAGCGAAGUUCAGGAAGACUGAUACCAAUGAAUGGAGCAAAAAUGAUGAGCGUCUCCUGAGCGCUGUGGAGCAUGGAGAGACCGAGAAGGUCACCUCGCUCCUGGCCAAGAAAGGAGCAAGUGCCACCAAACUGGAUGGCGAGGGCAAGUCAGCUUUGCAUGUUGCAGCGACUCGGGGUCACGCUGAGUGUCUCGCCAUCAUCCUGGCCCACGGAGCUGACGUGUCUGUAGUGGAUGCUUCAGGUUUUAGUGCUUUACACCUUGCUGCCAAAAACAACCAUCAGGAAUGUGCCAAAAAACUCAUACAGAGUAAAUGUGUUAUAGAUGCUCUGGACAGCGGUGGGAGGACUGCUCUUCAUCAUGCAGCUGCCAACGGAAACAUUGUGAUUGUUCAACUCCUAUGUGAGCACAAGUGUCCUGUGAAUUUGAAAGAUAUGGACGGAUUCACACCCUUGCUACUGUCAGCGAGACACGCCCACACAGAGGCAUGUGGCGUCCUGUUGGACUGGGGAGCCAACAUCAAUGCCUGUGACAGGAACGGCAGGAGUGCUGUCAUGCUGGCCAGUGAGAGCAACUGUGGAGCAGUUGUGGAUCUGCUCGUGCACAGGGGAGCCGACCUACGGCUGCUCGACUCCCUAGGACACGACGUGCUGCACUACGCCAAGCUGUCAGGCAGCACUGAGGUCCAAGCCAUUAUCACCACUGCCAUGCAGCGUCACCCAUCUGACUCAGAUAAGAAUUCACCUAGAAGCCAGCAGCAUGAUCACACAGCUAAACUAAACGACGAGAGGAGCACAACCCCCAAAAAACGAAAAGCACCCCCUCCUCCUAUUAGCCCUGUGCAGUUGCUAGAUGUUGUGUCUCCACCGUAUGUGACCCCAAAUGAAACUCCAGUGUCAAGUAAAAGUGACCAGAGGUUCAAUUACAAGGAGGUGGAGCUGAGGAGUGCGUCACUGUUGAGAGAAGAGGUUGAAAAGCUCCAGGAAGAGAAGAGCAUGCUGCUGGAGACCAUUGAAGAUCUGAAGCAGAUUAUGGAGCAGACUGAGCCCAAGACUGAACGCAAUGAAAACUCAGCAUUGCUUGCAGCCCUUCAAGCCAAGGUGGCCUCACUUUCACUGGAGAACCAGCAGCUUGCCCAGAUCAUCAAGAAGCGUCCACCUCCUCAAGGUGAAGAAGGCCAGGGGGACUCGCGCCCAAACAGUAUCGACUCCAACACAUCAUACCACUCCACUCAUGCUGAAUUCGAUCUCUCCAUUGGGCAUGAGGUCUCCACUAUUAAGCAUGAAGAAGUGAGUGAACCCACGAAGAUUGUGUAUGAGGAAGAACUUGCACUGCUUAGGGAUGCACUGCAGAGCUUGCAAGUUGAAUUGGAUGAGUCGAGGCUGGAGAACCGCUCCCUGCAGGCCAAACUCGAGCUCAGCGCUCAUACAGGGGAAAUUGGAAAUGAAGGCCUAUCAGAAAGCAUGCCUGAGCUCAAGGCCAAACUGGCAGACAUGCAGAAAAAGUACCAGGAAGUGGUGUUGGAGCUGGAAACCCUCCGCGUAGCAAGGGUGAGAGUGUCACCUACAGGAUCUCCGAGCCAAGAUGAUCAAGUUGUACAAAAGUUUCAGUAUUUGAAAGGCUGUCUUGAGCAAGAGGUUAAAGAUUUGAAGACAAAGCUGGCCAAGUUGCAGGAAGAGAAGAUGCAUGAUGCUCAGUUGAUAAAAGAAUUGGAGGCUCAGCUCGAGAGUGAGAGUCGUCAGGUUAUAGAGGAUGAGCAUCAGGAACUGAAAAACUCUUACAGCAUCUUGGUGGAGAAUAUUAACCAGGAGAAGGCUCUUUUGAUUGAGAAGUACGAGGAGGCUCAGGACGAGAUCAAGAUGCUUCAGGAAGCCCUGCGUGGCACAGUGUCCGUUGAGGCCGCCGCUAAAGAUUUUGAUGAGAUGAAGGCUGAGAUGGGCGGGGUUAUUGAAGGACUCCAGAAGCGACUGUUGGAGCUCUCGAAAUCUUACAGUGAGGCGAAAAACGAACUUGCUGAAACCCAAAGCCAGCUCCAAGCCAAAAGCUUGGAGACCAAGCAGUUAUCACAGGAAAUGUGUUUAAUUAAACAGCAGCAUGAGGAAAAAUUGCAAGAGCUGACUCUUAAAAUGAAAGAUAUGCAGAAUUCAUCAAAGAACACUGAAGUCAAGUAUCAGUCAGCGCUGAAAGAGAUUUCACAACUCAAACAGGAUGCAGAAAUUCAGGCCAAGUCCUCAGUGAGCAUUGCAGACCACACUCAGGUUGUGGCCUCGUUAGGAAAUGCCAUCAAGAAUUUAGAAUCCGAGGUGGACAUCCUUAAACAGCAGCUCAUGCAGAAGACUUCGCAGUUGGAUGCCUUACAAAAAAGGCCUACUGUGGAAAAGAACACAACUCCAAAUGAUUGUGUUACCAAAAUGGAACAUGAGCAGAUGAGAGAGUCCCUGGAGGGCAAGAUCAAUCACCUCACCCAGCUUCUUCAGGAUGCUCUGAGGAAGCAGGAUGAGAUGGCACUAGAGGUGACUGCUGCCUGGCAGGAGGUGAAGGAUGGCAAGAAUGAGAAAGAGGCAGCGCAGAAGCUUGCUGUAACGAGAGAGCAGGAGAACAACAUGCUGAGUGGGAAGUACAGAGGCGCCCAGGACGCCAUUAUGCAGCUUAAAAAGCAGGUGGAAAAUCACGUGAACUCUGAAAGAGAGAAGAAUAAAAAGAUUGAUGAUCUGUCAAAAGAGGUGGGGAAGUUGAAGGAGGCCCUGAACAGCUUGUCUCAGCUCUCAUACACAACUAGCAGCCCAAAAAGCAGACAGCAGAGCCAGCAGGUCGAAUCUCUCCAACAGCAGAUCAAGCAGCUGCAGUACCAACUGGCUGACUCUAAAAAGAGGCACCAUGAAAUUGUUUCUGUCUACAGAAUGCACCUCCUUUACGCUGUUCAGGGCCAGAUGGAUGAAGAUGUACAAAAGGCCCUGAAACAAAUUCUUGUGAUGUGUAAACUACCAUCAGAAGAGAAAUGACAGCGCUGAAACUUUCCUCCACAGUGGUAUAAGGAAACUUGCACUUGUAUUCAGAAUUUGUCCGGAUUAAAAGGAAUCAUCAGUCCUUCCUACAUUCUCUGGGGGGGAAAGAAAGAUUAUGUGAGGUUAAAGAAUUGUUCUUUUGUAUGAGGAAGCACUUGAUUAUGAAAGCGUCAGACAAUCGAAUAAAGAAUGAAGCAGUGAUAUUAGACUUAUGCGUACAUAUACAUGUUAGAUUGUCCUUGGAAUUUUUUUGCGUGCAUUAAUACAUUUUGAAUCAAACUUUCAGCACAGUGCACGUUUUAUGUCUGUCUGCAUAUUUUUUGUUUGUUUAAAAAACAGCAGACAACUGAAAUGUAGAUGAAAUGCUACAUCAUGAAAAGGGCGGAGAUAAAGUUGGGUUUAAUCAGCCGAUGAUGGCACCAUUUGUCAUUUUCACUUGUGUAGCUAAACGUUUGCAUAAAAUACUGUUUCUUUACACAAGAUAAUAGUAUAGCAACAUUAGCCAAGUUAGCCAGCUACCAAACUGUAGCAUGACACUGGUAGCCAGCUAUCCAGGUAUCUAACAUUAAACUAGCAGGCAAACUAACUGAAACUGUUGCUUUUUUUUUUUUUAUUUAAAAUAAGUAGCAACAUUUGGUAAUGUUAGCGAAACUAUUGUAGUGAUGUCACACAAGUUUGUUAUUGACUGAUGAGAUUUUACGGAAGCUUCACCCCUUGUUGCUUGUCAGUUGGCAAAAAUCAGGAUGAGCGAAUGCUGGAAACUUGGACUUGGCACAGUGCCAGUCCUUUAUUCAAAAUGAUGCAUAUUUAUCCAUAAUGAAGUCAUGAAUUGUUAUUUAUUAUUUAGCCAAGCGUGUAAAGGAUUUGAUACAUUUCUAAUGUGUCUGACAGACAGCUUCUCAUAAACCAAAACUGUGA